GACUCGUUCGGCCCUUCGCCCUCGCUCUAAAUAGAGGCUUUAUUUGUAAACAGCGGGAGCGCUACCGUGCGGCGCGCGUUGGGGCGGCGUGGCAGUGGUGCUCGCGCGUCGGCCAGUAUGGGGUGUGUCCGCAGUCGCCGCCGGCAGCGAUGAGCGUGCGCAGCCGCGGCCGGGCCCGCCGCACCCGCACCUCGCGCCUCGCACACCUCGCACACUUCCUCCUCUGGACUCUCUGUGUGGUGCUGACAUCAGCGAGUGAAGGCGUCCAGCCUGACAGCUUGCGCCUGGUGUGGCUGGCCAACAGUUCUCUCACCUGCAACGAUGGUACUCCAGCUGGAUACUACAUCCGCCGGGGUAGUAACAGCGAGCACUGGGUGGUGUACCUGGAGGGCGGCGGGUACUGCUGGGACGCGGCGACGUGUGCCGCGCGCUGGCGGCGCCGCCCAGCGCUCAUGUCGUCUGCGCGCUGGCCUCGCAAGCGACGAGCCCCGGCCCUGCUCUCCGCGGACCCCACAGCCAACCCCCUAUGGCACGCCUCCAACCACGUGCUACUCCCCUACUGUUCCAGCGACAUGUGGGCCGGCACUCGUAUACGACACAACUCAACCUUCGCCUUCACCGGACGCCUCAUCGUCCGAUCAGUAUUACUCGAACUCCUACACUUCGGACUCUCCGGACGACUACUCCUGGUCGGCUCGAGUGCCGGCGGCGCUGGAGUCAUGCUCCACGCGGACUCAGCCAGAAGAUUACUUCGCUCUCAUGGCGUCAAAGUCGCAGCUAUCGCGGACUCUGGAUGGUUCCUCGACCGGCCUGCGAGAACGAAACGCUCUGCAGACACCGUGGCCAGGCUAGGCCAUUCUUUGUGGGGCGGAUCUCCCCCUACAUCUUGUGUCAGAGAACAUAGCGAAGAACCGUGGUUGUGUUAUUUUGGGUACCGCCUGUACCCUCACAUAAGGACUCCACUGUUUGUGUUUCAAUACUUGUUCGACUCAGCGCAGUUGGCAGCUGAAGGGGUGCGCGCGCCGAGGACACGGGCGCAGUGGGACGCGGUGCACAAGACCGGUGCAGCGCUCAAGGAAAGUCUCAAGACAGUUCGUGCGACGUUCGCGCCCGCUUGCCUGGCGCAUGGCGCGCUGGCUCGCCCCGAGUGGUUGGCGAUCAAUGUAUCAGGAGUGUCUCUGCCACGAGCGAUCUCCUGCUGGGAACAGAGGCUUGGAAAUGGUGGAAGGCGAAUACGAGCUCACUGCGCUCCUCGGCGCCUCGUGGAGCGGUGCUCCUGGCCGCAAUGUAACGGCUCUUGUCCGCGCCUCCGAGACCCGAGGACUGGAGAAGAAGUGGCGCUUGCAGCACUGCUGCAGAGCUUUGGGCUGGACGUUAGUGGCGCUGCUGCCGCUAUGGGGCUCGACGCACGUGCCCUCUCGCGGAUGAGCCGCGCAGAGCUUCUACCGUUACUAGCACAUCACACCACGUGAUACUUUAGUAACGGGAACAUUACCACAAUGUGUUAAUACAAAGUGCGGUAACUCUAUAACGGCUCGAAUUGACGCACGCAAUCGUGAAUAUGUCAUGGACCUGUUUCACACCGAUCAUGCAAUUUAAGAGUUUUUGCUGCGUUUAUAUGUUGUUGGUAUGAAAUAGGUAACGUUUGCGUGUCAUUUAGCCAAGUCCGGCCGUUGGUAUGGAGCUGUAAUAGGUACUGCUUGUAUCGGUUGUGCCAGUGGUGUCCGCCCUCACACCGUCUGAGUCUACGUGACGCUAUGCAAGAGACUGCCGUGCCCCGGCACGUUGAAUCUACCUCGUUUUUGUUGCGCAAGUACAAUUUAAUGUUAGAUAUUAUUUAUUGUUUACCGAUACUAACGUAUUUUAUUUAUAAUAAGUAAAA